AAUCACCUCUGGGAUUUUUAUUUUUUCUUAAACAAACCAAAAACCACUGAAAAUUUUGAAAAAAAAAGUUUUUUCUUAGUUUUUGUUAUAAAAGUUUGUAAAUAAGUGAUUUUUCUCCUUCACUGAUGUGCGCUAAUGAGGCUGCAGUGAUGGGCACUGAUAGGCUGCACUGAUGGACACUGAUGAGGAGGCACUGGUAGGUGGCACUGAUGGGCAGGCACUGAUAGGUGGCACUGAUGCACACUGAUAGGC